AUGUCUGUAUGGUAUACUUGGAUAUCUCUCAGUCUUCUUAUAUUCCAUGGUUUGAGCAGUAUUGACAAAGUGCAUGGCUCAGACGUUGAUCCGAUUUGCGAUCUAGCCAAUGUUACGAAGGUUAUCGAAGCACAAAAGUUUGACCGAGAAUCGAUUCAAGAGUACCAGGACCUAAUACCUAUGAUACGAACACAUUGUGACGGAAAACAAUGGGAUCGGAUCAUCAAUCAAAUCAAUUACAACCUUGGCAUCACAUAUCUUUCAUUGGGACAAGAACCACAAGCACUGAAAUCGUUCAAUGCUGUUAUUGAUUCAGAUGAAUCCUCAUUCAAAGAACUCUCAGUUUCAAGACUGAAUGAAUUGAACAAAAAAUAUGCAGAUUGGAAUAAAAUAUCGGAUCCUGCAUCCAAAACUGAUGAGGAAUUAUUUAAUGAGUUGUAUGAUUCUAUAUCUACAAAGCUCGGCAAACCAGAUUCUAUGGAAUAUUUGGAGGCAAAAUUUCAAGAAAUACUAACAAUCUCACCUUUUUCACUGAAGGUGAGGAUUCUUUACAAUGAUUUCCUUUUAGAUCAAAUAGCUGAUGUCAUCGAUUUGAAUUUUGCACAUAAGGCAGUAGAAAACAUUCAGACCAUAUUGGAUAAAUUUGGCAAUAAAAUCGAGUUAGACAAAAGACUAGCAUUGCAUCAUGAGCUUGCUGUUAUCCAACUCUUCAUUUUGAAUACUCAGCCACAGGUUUCACUACGUAAAUGUCUCAACCUAGAUAUGGACUAUCAGCCGUGCAAAGAUCUAAUGAGGGUCUGGAAUCAAAUUUCAAAGGUACUUCCCCAACCUUCUAGGAUAAUGAAUGCUGAUGAAUACACUGAUUUUGACACAGAAUGGAAUAAAAUUAGCCAGUUCUUGCUUGAUAAUAAAAGAAGCGUUGUUAAAACAUAUGGGAUGAAAGAACAAAAUUUUGAGGUAUUAACGAAGUACCACAAUGACCAAAUAAAGAAAGUCUUGGAAGAAAGACCUUUGAGUAGCAAAACAUGGACGUAUGAGAAUUUUGAUGCCCAAACAGACUUCAUGAUCUACCUAAACGCUGCGUUGUGUGAAUCAUUAGACAUGCAAGCGUCUUCCAAAAAGGCUUCCAAAUAUUGUUACAACGCUAUGAAACAAUCACUCACUCCAGAUGAGAUACAAAAUCUUAAGCACUAUCUAAAAACAUUUGACUCACCUCAUAUCAUUAAAGAACUGUUGACAGCGUUGUUUGACACCUACCCUCAUAUUUCUGUUAACCUUUUGCAUUCCGUUGCACAGAAGUUAUCCAUCGCUGAGAAAAAACAUCCUGGAAUUAAUUCUGCCGAACACUGGGCAGUUUUGUUCAAAUUUGCACAAGAUAACAAUUUAGCUCACUCUAGAUUAAAGUUCGUUAAAAACCUUGCAAACGUUGUGACAAAAACGUAUCACAGUAUUCAACAACAACAGCAGCAAAAACAACAACAGUAUUUUCAACAGAUGUUUGGAAACCAACAGCAGUAUCAUCAACAGCAACAGCAUCAACAACAGCAGCAAUUUGCUGAACCAAAUAUAAAGACAGAUAAAGAUUAUUACAAGAUCUUAGGUGUAGAUAAAUCAGCGACACCAAAAGAUGUUAGAAGAUCGUACUUACAGCUGACGAAGAAAUUCCACCCUGAUAAACAGAAAAAUCUGAAUGACGAACAAAGACAAAAGAAUGAAGAAAAGAUGGCUGAAAUAAAUGAAGCAUAUGAAAUUCUAAGUGAUGAUGAUAAACGUACAAAAUAUGAUAAUGCAAGAGCUAAUUCUAGGAACUCUCGAGGAGCACAUGGAUUCGAAGGACAUGGAGGAUUCAAACCGUUCGAUAAAUCUGCAAAAUACCACAGGAAGAAACAAAAUUAA